ACAAACGUCAAACAUGGUUGUGGGACCCGUCGAUCACACUAUUCAAGCUGAUAUAAUUUUUGUUAUUGAAGGGACUGCAAUUAACGGCGCUUAUUUAAAUGAUCUAAAGUCAAAUUAUAUUAUACCAACAUUAGAAUAUUUCAGCCAAGGGACAAUUGAAGAUUAUGUCUGUGAAAGUACAAACACACUUUAUGGGAUUGUCACGUAUCAGGCAGCUGACUGCCUACCUAACCUUAGCAGUGACACAUAUGGCCCAUACACCAGUCCUCAGAAAGUGCUCAUGAUGCUUGAGAAAAUCGGAAUGGAGUUUGUAGGAGGCAAGGGUGAGUCACAUGCCAACAUUGCCGAGGGGCUGGCUACAGCUCUGUUGUGUUUUGAGGAUCUGCAGCCCAAGCGAGAUGUGAAUGCUUCACCUCAGAAACAUUGCAUCUUGGUGUGUAACUCACCUCCCUACAUGAUGCCUGUCAGAGAAACCCCUGUGUUUGAUGGACUCAAUGUUGAACAACUAGCUGGGGUACUAAACGAGCGGAACAUUCACCUCUCCAUUUUGUCUCCCCGUAAGAUCCCUGCUCUGUUCAAGUUGUAUGAGAAGGCAGGAGGAGAUCUGCCGAGUCAAACUAAGAACUACGCCAAAGAUCCUCGUCACCUUGUGUUACUCAAAGGUUACAGUUUGAAGGAGAGACCCAUCAGUCCAGGGCCAGUUCCACCUGCAUGCUCAUGCCACUCUGCCACCACAGUUCAUGUCUUCCCCCCUCCCCAAACAGUCCUCAGCAGCCCCAGCCCUUCUACAGACAUUGUCAUUUUGAAGGAGAGACCCAUCAGUCCAGGGCCAGUUCUACCUGCCUGCUCAUGCCACUCUGCCACUACAGCCCAUGUCUUCCGCCCUCCCCAACAUAAACAGUCCUCAGCAGUCCCAGCCCUUCUACAGACAUUGUCAUGUUAUUUUUGUUGUAGUUUGAAGGAGAGACCCAUCAGUCCAGGUUUGAAGGAGAGACCCAUCAGUCCAGGGCCAGUUCUACCUGCCUGCUCAUGCCACUCUGCCACUACAGCCCAUGUCUUCCGCCCUACCCAACAUAAACAGUCCUCAGCAGUCCCAGCCCUUCUACAGACAUUGUCAUGUUAUUUUUGUUGUAGUUUGAAGGAGAGACCCAUCAGUCCAGGGCCAGUUCUACCUGCCUGCUCAUGCCACUCUGCCACUACAGCCCAUGUCUUCCGCCCUCCCCAACAUAAACAGUCCUCAGCAGUCCCAGCCCUUCUACAGACAUUGUCAUGUUAUUUUUGUUGUAGUUUGAAGGAGAGACCCAUCAGUCCAGGGCCAGUUCUACCUGCCUGCUCAUGCCACUCUGCCACUACAGCCCAUGUCUUCCGCCCUCCCCAACAUAAACAGUCCUCAGCAGUCCCAGCCCUUCUACAGACAUUGUCAUGUUAUUUUUGUUGUAGUUUGAAGGAGAGACCCAUCAGUCCAGGGCCAGUUCCACCUGCAUGCUCAUGCCACUCUGCCACUACAGCCCAUGUCUUCCGCCCUCCCCAACAUAAACAGUCCUCAGCAGUCCCAGCCCUUCUACAGACAUUGUCAUGUUAUUUUUGUUGUAGUUUGAAGGAGAGACCCAUCAGUCCAGGGCCAGUUCCACCUGCUCCUCAUGCCAGUCUGCCAAUUCAGUCCAUGUCUUCCCCCCUCCCCAAUAUAAACAGUCCUCAGCAGCCCCAGCCCAUCUUCAAACCUGCCCAGACCACUCCUCCGGUGAUGUUGGGUAGCCAGCAGAGUCCAGCAGCUCAGUCGCAGCCCUCGCCCGCUGCCCAGGCCGCCCCAGCCGCUCAGACAGUAGCCCCCGCCCGUGGUGCUGCCCCCUUCCCCCCCGGCUACAUGCUGCCCCAGGCCAGGGCACGGUGGCCUAUGAUGCCUCCUCAGAACAGAGCCCCGUACACCAACACUGCACAGCAAGGCAGUGCUCUCAUAGCACAACUCACACAACCCCCCACCAUGGCUGUCAACCCUCAGUUCUCCAAAGAUGAGCUCUAUUUUGUAGACCAGCAGAUGAGCCAAAGUCCCCGUAUGAUGGGGGCCCCGUCACCAGGUACUCAACUGACCAGCCCAGCUCAGGCUCCACCUACACCUGCUCAGCCACAGCAGCCUCCCCCACAACCACAGGCCGGCAGAGAGAGACACACUAUCUGGCAGGGUGUGCUGGAGUGGAUUGAAAAAUCAAAAACACCGAAUGACGCACAGAAGAACACCAGGCAUGUGCCAUGUCAGGUCUCUGCCCAUUCCAAGGAUGGUGAACCUGAGCUGAAAGCAGAUUCUUGGCCUCAGAAGCUGAUCAUGCAGUUGAUGCCCAAGCAACUCAUAGGCAACAUUGGAGGAGCUUACCUCAAAAACUCCAAAUCUGUUCUGUUCCAUCCACAACCUUGUGAAGCACUCGAGUCACUCACCAAAGUCAUGAGUUCAGGCUUUGCUGGAUGUGUACACUUCACCAGUCUUUCAACCUCAGCCUGUGACAUCAAGGUGCUGAUCCUACUGUACACAGCUGAAAAGAGAGCUUACCUUGGGUUCAUUCCUAAUGACCAGGCUGCUUUUGUAGACCGUCUGAGGAAAGUGAUUCAGCAUCAGAAGACUUCGCAAGCAAUGAGUCGUCAGGGACAGGGUGGAGCACCAGGCCAGGCACCAGGUAUGAACCCUGCCCAAGGUGUCCAGCAAGGGGCCUCAGGUAUGGGGGGGCCCAUGGCAGGAGGCAUGCAGCAACAGGGGGGCCUUAUGGGUAGACCUAUGGCUUCCAUGGGACAGCAGCAAAACACUCUUGUGGGUCAGGCAGGACAGGCAGGAGGUGCUGUAGUCAGUCAGGCAGGUCCUGGGGGUGGAGGUUUGAUGUCAGGACCUACCACACAGCCUGCUACCAGCCAGGCCAAUAACCAGAUCAAUAUACAGGGAGGAAUGCAGUACAACCCAGGACCUCAGCAGAUGGAGGUGGCCAGGAAACAGAACCUAGUCAAGAUAGAACAGCUCAGACAGACGCUAGAGGCAGCUCAACAACAGGAACAACACUACAAGUCUCAAAUGGAAAUUUUCAACCAUAUGAAGAUCCAGCAACUACAACAAAACUUAGAACAGGCUCAACAACAGGAAAACCUCUUCAAGUCUCAGAUGGAGCAGGAGCAGCAAAAGCACCAGUUGAGAGCACAGUUGCAUCAACUUCAACAACAACAACAACAGAGACAGAUCACACCACAGCAACAGUCCAACAACGCUGGUGGAAUGGCACAACAACAGCUGGCAGGGGCAGCCAACCAACAACAGAUGAUGAGACCUGCCAUGUCCAACAACCCGGGCCUGAGGCAUCUGCUGCAACAGCCUCAAUAUCGACAACAGAUGAUGGGAAUGCAACAGAUGCAGCGUAACACCAACACACAACAACCGUUUGACGACAAUACAUUUGACUUCCUAAACUAGAAAAAUAUCUAUUUAAUCCUCGGGUCUCGGGAUUAUGUUAAUUCUAUAUGUUUACUAAACCCAUUUAUUGAUUGUAUACAAAAGUUUGAAUUUUCAAAUUUAAUUCUACAAGUUUACAUUGUAAUAUUUAAAAAAUAAGAUAUUAUUUUUAGAAGCUGUAACAAAAUGUAAUGAUGUUUAUCUAUAAUGACACACACACCCACAAACGUUUUUAUAAGAAACAUAGUAUUACUGAGUACACACUUUUGCUACGUUUAAAGGUCAGUAAGGUGAAUGUAUCUUGAAAUUGUUAGAAAGUGUACCAACAAUUUAUUGAAAUAAGUAUUACUAAGAUGGUUUAUUUUUUGAGAAGCAAAAUACAAGGCCUUCUCUAAAAAUGCCAAAAGUACACUACAAUUUGGUGAAUUUGGUGUGAUUUUUUGUAAAGUAUCUUUAAUAUUUUUAUUUUGUUAUUGUUGAAUAUUUAAUCACUCUUUUAUUUUUAAAAUUGUAAUUUUUUAUUUAGUUUUAAAAUAAGAUUUUAAUUAUGACAUCAACUUGAUGUGUUCGAAGUAUUUUUGUACAACAAUUAAACAUGUUAAGUUAUAUUGUAUUUUUAACAUUUUAACAUUAAAGUAUAUAAAUAGAAGUGUUUAUUGAAGUGCAUGGGCUUAGUUAAUAUUUUAAAAGAUGUGCAUGAAAAUAUUUAUUUAUCAAACAAAUGUAAAUAGCAUAACGAUCGAUCAUAUAUUUAAACCUAAAUUAUCAUGAAAUCUCAGUUCAAAGCUGUUGUAUUUAGUCCUGAUGAAUAUUAGAUUAAUUUAACCUUUUUUGUAAUAUGUAAUACAGACUCCAAAGAAUGUAGUAAAUUA